CGGCUGCGCGUGUUUACGUGAGGCGACUGACUGCUCCCGUUUCCUGGCGGAGAAGAUGGCGGCUCCUGGUCCAGGGGAGUAUUUCAGCGUCGGGAGCCAUGUCUCCUGCAUCACCUGCCUGGGGCAGCGCUUGCAAGGAGAGGUCGUCGCUUUUGACUACCCGUCCAAGAUGCUGACUUUGAAAUGUGCCCCGUCCAGCGGUAAACCCAAUCUCAGCGACGUGGUGCUUGUUAACCUGGCCUACGUGUCAGAUGUGGAUGUCAUCAGUGACCGCGCUGAAACUCCUCCCCCUUUAGCAUCUCUCAAUUUUAACAAGCUUGUAAAUAGAGCACGGGCGGAAAAGGAAGACAAGUUGUCGCAAGCUUAUGCAAUUAGUGCUGGUGUUUCUGUAGAGGGCCAACAGCUGUUCCAGACCAUUCAUAAAACCAUCAAAGACUGCAAAUGGCAGGAGAAAAACAUCAUAGUGAUGGAUGAUGUGGUCAUCAGUCCGCCAUACCAAGUGGACAACUGUAAAGGCAAAGAGGGCAGCGCGUUAAGCCACGUGCGGAAAAUAGUCGAGAAACAUUUUCGAGAUCUGGAGAGCCAAAAACCAGUGCAGCAUUCACAGCAAGCUCAACAAACACAGAAAGACUCUGCUUUAUCAUCAUGAGCCGAGGCUCAGAGAGAGGGAACAUUAUGCUGACAAAAGAAGUGUUGUUUGUUUUAAAUUAAUAUUUUCUGAUGUUUUUUUUUUUUUUUUUUUUUUUUUUUUUUUUUUUUUUUUUUUUUUAAA